AUGGAGUCUAUUGAGUUCUAUUCGGAUGAAGAAAUCCAAGGAGAAGAGCCUUACCAAGUCAUGUCGGAUGUGGAAGACAACUAUGGAAGCAUCUCUUGGCAUCACAACGAUCAUUCAGAUUCUGAAUCAAGAGAUGAACCAGGCUGCUAUUCUAAACCAUGUAUUAAAUUUAAUAAUGAUUUUUGCAGCCAUGGUUCAAACUCUCCAUUGACUCGAGCUAUGUCUUUUUCAGGAAAAGAGAAUUAUCUUAAGUGGGAAGAUAACAUGGAGUAUAAAGGGGCAACGGCGAAGGAAUACAAUUGCCAACGUCUUCCAAGGCAUGAAGAGAAGCUCGACCAUCACACCUUCUUAUACCGAGGGCCUACAGCCUCACGUCAAGCAAAACCGAGACACAAGUUCUUUCACACCAAUACACGAGUAGUACAGGAAGUGACUCAAGAAGUGACUCAGAGAUCAUCAAUGUGGCGUAAACCAUAUCCAUGUGGUAGACGUGACUACCUAGCUGAGAGAGACUCAGGGAUCACUAAUCUAAGAGGAGGCGAGCUGAAACGUGGCACUCGUCGAGACCCACUACUAUCCAAUCCCACCCGAACCUACCAAACAAAACUCAGGUUAUCUCUAGACAAUGGUUAUGAGUAUUUUGGACCUGAAUCUUUUGAGUUUGCAGGACGUGAGAGAGAUUAUCUACAAUGGGAACUCAACAUGGAUAAGUACUUUAGAUACUAUUCUAUUCCCAAAGAAGAGAGGCUCAACUAUUGUCUUGAACAACUCAUGGGAAGCGCAAAACGUUGGUGGGACCGAGAAGAAAAAGAUAGACGGUGGUACAAGGAGCCAUCAGUCAAAAUGUGGGGACAACUAAAGUUGCUUAUGAGGGAGAGAUAUGCACCUCACAUGCUUUCCCAGCCUGUUCAAAACAGUAACCUUCCAAAGGAACCAAGCCGAAAGAAUACUACACAUCAACAUGUUAGUUCUAAUCAUAACGCGGAUCAAGAUUCCGCCAAGAAUGAGAAAGGUACAGGCGCAAAAGGAGAACUGAGCCCCAUACCGGUACUUGAACCACAUGCUGAACCAUAUGUUGAGCCACACGCUGAGCUAAAGCAAGAUAAGUCCUCUAAUUCUUUAAAAUCAAAUGAACCGACAUGUUAUAGAUGUCAUAAGAGGGGACAUUUUGCUGCAACAUGCACUAAAAGACAAGUAGAAGAUGUCACAUCACUAGAGCUGAAAUUGAAUGCAUCUAACUCCAAUGAUUGUCUAGUGAAUUCAAGUUUAGAAAUUCCCAAUUCUAGAUUAAUGCACUUGUCUUUGCCAAAGGUUAUUGAUGCAGGUCUGUGUCCUAGCAUUGAUGAAACAUCUAAAGAAGUAGACCACAAGGAAGCAACUCUAAAGGAAGUUGAGAAUGACAUAAGUUUUGAGGAACAACUUUCGGAAACAACAACAUUAUCACAACUUUGCCGAAAUAAGACUUAUGAUCAAGCAGCCCUCAAAGGACGUGUGAUGAUACAUCCCUGCUCAACACCAGCUGAUCUUGCUUCUAAGAUCAUCCACAUCAUGGCUGAAUUGAUAGCGAACACCUUACAUGGUACACAAGUAAGCGAAACUUACUAUCUUGUUCGAUAUUGGCAUUAUCUUAUAUUCGAAAGGAGUUUCAAGAACCCUAUCCAUAUCAUUUCAAUUUCCAGUAUAAUGCACUUGAUCUUGUCUUUGGGUGCCAGUGAAAGUACAAGUACCAUGAAGAUUUGCGAAGAUCAAAGAGAGGCCACAACAAUGUUACGGUUACUCUCGGAUCAAAGCAAACAAGAAGUUGAUUCUGGUCUAACACAUGAAAAGGUUCAAAGUAACUUAUUUCAUUAUGUUUAUGAACGUCCCUUGACUGCCUUAAUACACUUUUCUUGUGCCAAAAGUAUUGAGACACAUGUAGGUAAUAAGGAGACACAUGUGGAUCCAAAAGAGGGAUAA